UCACAAAAGGUCAAGGUUAAUUUAAUCAAACGGAAGUUAUUGAAAUUCAGAUUUAAAUGGGCAUGUGUUAUAAGGUUAGAAGCGCUCACCUGCAUUAUAAUUAAGUGAAAAUGGUAGUAUUUUAAUUGCAGAUACAUGAAGUAAGUGUGAUGAAGAAUGGGUUGUAUUUUGUCAAAAAGAGACGGAGGGAGAAAUUCAUUGGUAUUUAGAGUUUACAAUGUCGAUGAAAAUGGCAUAAAACACAAUCCUGGAAAAAUUGAAAUUACUGAUACAGAUCUUAUUCUUCGUCAAAAAGGCAGAGAUCACAUUACAUGGCCAUUAAGGUGCUUAAGACGUUAUGGAUGGGAGGAAGAAUUGUUCUCCUUUGAAAGUGGGCGACGGUGCUACACUGGACCUGGAAUUUAUGCCUUUAAAUGUAGACGAGCAGAGACUUUGUUUAGAGCUGUUCAGGAAAGUAUAAUGAGAGUAGGACAGGGAGACCUGUCUUCCAGUCGAGCAUUUGAUAAUCAUGGACAUUCGAACAGCAGACCGCCAUCAACAAUCGAAAUGAGUGAUUUGAUGGCCUUUUCUAUUCCUAAUGGAAAUACAGGACUUUCAAGUAUGCGUGAAAUGAAUUAUGUCAAUCAGACUGUUGUAAAUGAACAUGAACAACACACAUACCAGAAUACGGCACCUGUAAGAGCUAAUGGUUCGGCAGCAUCCACAGCAGAUACUGCCGCUGCUGCUUUGAUAGACUUUCUGCACAAUCCAUUGCAACAAACUGAUCCAAAGUUAAAUUAUAUUGACCCUGAUUUUCCUACCAGUACUGAGAGUUUAACAAAUUUAAAUUUGAAUAUGAAUGGACAAUCUUCUGGUGCAAGGCAGGAACAAACAAACAUAAAAAGACAAUUAGAUUCUGACGGAAGACAUCCUUCCAUUGAUAUUAUUGACUGUGAUGAUACAAACAUCAAUGAAGUUUUUGAUCAAGAUUCAGCUUUUGAGUCGGAGCGACCAGCAGAAUAUAUAAAUGUGGGGCCAUUACAAGAUAAUGGUCGACUGGAAUCUAAACCGACAAUACCCCCUCCUCCAAUGAUAAGGGAACCAGAAUACACAAAUAUAAAUCCUAAGAACCCAGCAGUUCAUCAGUUAAAUUAUAUUGAAGUGGGUCCAGGAAAUUUUUCAAAUUCGAAGCCCUCAACAGGGAUUGUUUCUCCUUCUUCGAUCGUUGCAACUGUUCCCUCAGCACCAGGACCCAGUUCCUAUGCUGAGAUUGAUUUUCACCGGACUGAAGCGCUUUCCAAUCGCCAAGUGCUUGAACAAGAUGAAGGUAGUCGAAAGACAAGACACAAUAGCUCUAUCAGUAAUGCAUUUUAAUUUUGCCAAGUUGUUGUUUAGAAAAUUGAUGUGUAUAAUUAUGGUGCUUUGUGAUAAUUAUCAUGCAGUUCUGCUACAUUGUACAAUGUAUAUAUAGGUUCUGUACGUAAACAGACAUUUCUGCUACACAUAUACAUGUAUGUAUUAUUUAUUAUCAGGAUGUACUGCAUAUGUACAUGUAUGAGACACAAUCUGUUGCCUCCAUCACUUGCUGUUUUGCCCAAUUAAAAGUACGUUUUAUGAUAGAAAAAUAUUGAUUAUGAUAUGUUUUGUUUCUUUUUACUUUUAAUUGAUUCAUUUAACACAUAUGAAACAAUGAAACUGUUUUUAUACAACACAAAGACUGACAAACUUUAUUAGGUACAAGAUCAUGUUUUAUUUUUUGAGAAUAUCUGUUUUAUCUAAAAAAAAUUCUCACAAAAACAACAUUUUUGUGAGAAAAUUAAAGUUUGAAUUGUAAAAAGGUAGCUCUGUUGCAGAUAUGAUGAAAAAUGGGGGUUGCAAUACUUCUUGUUAAAUUUAUAUGAACAAUGUAAAUCAUUAUUGAUUGUUGAAUUUUGAACUUUUUUUUUAUCUUUUUUUAAUUUCUUAUAUAUGAAGAUGUAAUAUUUCUAAUGGAAUGGGCGUCCAAUUUUUGUUUCUUAACAUUGCCUUUGGAUUUUGAACAAUAGUUUUUUUUUGUUUUUUUUUAUCCUUACAUGUAGUUCUACUUGUUAUAAAUCACUAAAUAUGAACAAACAAGGUGACAAUGAAAUUUGCUACAAUUAUUUGCUGGUUUUUUUGUUACUUAUACACAUAUAAAAGCAUGGAUGGAUUAUGGCAACUAGUUUGUUAAUAUAAUUAUUGUAUCAUUAUGAUCAUUAUGAAAACUAUAUUUCACAUAGCAUACAUGCCUUAUAAUACAAUAUUUGUCUUUACAGGGUUACUUUUCCAGAAUAUGCAUGAAAUAUUUGCCACUGACAGUCUUUAAAGUUGAUUUAGAUUUUGAUUUGUUACUGAUUAUUUAUUCUCAAUCAGAAAAUUCAGAUAACUCACACUGAAGUCCUAAAAUUUUCUCAUACUCACAAAAAAUAAUGUUCUAUAUGUGCUCUAAUUGACUGAAUGUAAAAAGAUUAAAGUUCAUUUGUGUAUUUGUAAUUUUGUGACAAUAACAUGAACAAAGGUACUAAGUAUUGCUACUUUUGCAUGAUAUUUAAUACCGGGUAAUGUUAAUUUAAUUCUGAUAGUAUGCUACUCAAUUUGUAAUGCAUUAUGUCUUUUAUAUUGGCAUAUCUUUUUAUCUCUCAUAUUGUUCCUGGAAGGUUAGUGAGAAAUUGUUGACAUUUUACAUUAAUUGAAUGUGCAUUAUAUAUUUGAUUAAAUUUAUACAUUUUUAAUGUACCAGAAUUCCCUUGAUCGCAGUUAAGAACUAAGAAAUAAUAUUCUGGUGUAUUCAAUAUUCUUGUGUAAUUUGAAUCUGAAAAAGUUUCUGUUUAUUUUGAGAACUAUAUGUACAAAUUAAUUUUUACUGGAUUUAUGAUUUAAAAUAUGAAUUAUUUCAUGGCUGAUUAUGUAAUAUAUAAUUAUUUAUCAUGUUUAUAAAUCAAAUUUUCAAAUUCUAUUAGAUCCUACAUGUAUGUCCUGUGAUGUUCCUGGAACUUUAAUUGAAUAUGUUAUGUAGCUAGGGUAAAUGUGACUUAAAAAUUGGUAAGUCUUAAUAUAUUAUGGAGCAGUUUGAGACAUAUAGAUUUCACCACUGCAACAAGUGUGUAACGAUAUUUCUCCACUCGAGACAGUUAGAUUUUAAUAUUUAAAGCGCAAGGCUUGCCGAGCUUUUUAAAUACUUUAGAUUUAACUGUUGAGAGUGGAGAAAUAUCGCAAUACACGAGUUAUAGUGGUGGAAUCUGUUUCUCAAAUGAUUCUUAUCCUUCCUUUUCAAAGAUUUGCAGAAAGUUGUGUUCUUUAUAUGUGAUGUCAUCACGCAUGGUCGCCUUUUUUCAUGACGUCACAAUAGGAAAAUUCAGAAGAAACCAAGAAAAUUUGACGUCAUAAUUAAAUUUCGACCAAUCAUUUGCCGAGAACAAAUUUUUCAAUAGUGAGGAGAACUAUAUUUCUCACACUGGUCAAGAAAUGUGAAAAUAGCACAAAAAUUAGAGAAAUAAGAAAUCUUGGAUAAAAAUAACUUCUGCUUUCACAACAGAAAAUAAAAUAUUUGAAUUUUUUUUCUCAUAUUCUUCAUGUUCUUAGUUUUUCAAAACUUAAAUUAAAAACUGUGCACUAAAAUAAUCCAGUGAAAUAAUAUUAUUGACCAUUUUUAUUUAAAUGAAAAUAUAAAUCUUUCACUUUCAUCAUGCCUGAUUUUUGUUUUAAAAAGAUGAAAUAGUUUGGAAAUUUCAUGCCCUUGACAUUUUAUUUUUUAAACCUUAAACAUUUGUUAAAAUUCCAAAGAACUUAACUUACAUUGAUUAAUCAUUGAUCUUGAGACAUGAUUGCUUUGCUUUGUCUCAGUUGGUUAAUUUAGUAUCAGAUCUGUAUAAAAAAAAUUUAUAUUCCAAACUUUCAGUUUUAUCAGACAAUGUUAGAGUUUAUCCUAUGAGAAGGUUCUGCUAGUACACACAAAUGUAGCAGCAAAGAAAAAAAUUGAGAUCAGUUAAAAAAAAUAGAUCAGUCAAUUCCAAUUUGAUCUUUUUUUAACCGAUAACAGUAGUCCCAUUAUAAUAUGUUUGUAGGUCAAUUUUUUUGAAGUUAAUUUUAAUCUGCAAAUGUCAACUACUUGUAACACUUUUAACAAUGCUUAAAUGUCGUAUUUAAUCUGUUGAUCCUAUUUAAAUUGUUCUAUUAUUACUAGUACUUAGUUAUAAUGUUACAUGCAGAUACUAAAUAAAUUGCUUUUAUUCCCAAGGCAACCAUAUUUAAUGGGUGUAAUUUACUUGGUAAGAUGAUAUGUAAUAUGAUUCUUACGAAACUUCUGUAAAAUCUAUAGGAUACUAAAUCUAGGCUUCAACAAAGGAAAAUUCAAAAUAUGGAAACGAAAAUUGGAAAUACAGACAUUCCAAGUUUCUUUCAGCUAUGAGGGUCUGAAUGGGGUUUACAGAAUAGAGUAUAAUGGCCAAAAAAAAUGAUGAAUAGAUAAAUAUGAGCCUAGCUAAAGUAAAGAGAAUGAUGGGAUGCAAAAGAAAAAAAACUAACUGAAACUUAAAGAAUUAUGUAAUAUAAUACUGAUUACAGAAAUGAACCAUGUACAGACUAAAGAAAUCAUGUAAUAACAAAUAAAUCUAAUUGUAAAAGGAUUUUCAUGAGAAUUUUAAAGAAUAAACGUUAUUUUUAAAGAUAAAGAAAAAUGCUUCAAAAAAUUAAAGAAUACAGAAUGAAGGGUCCCCUAUCCACACCCUCAGCUAUUGGUUCAAACAUCUGUGUCAGUUUGUGGGUUAAAUAGAAACUCAUCUUCAUUUAAUCUUGAUAUUCUGGGUGGGCCUGGUGGAUUAUAAAAAUGAAUAUUCUGUUCUGGUAAGAACUGAAAAUAGGUAACCUUGCCCAAAACAGAAUGAAAAUGAAUAUUCUGACCUAGUUAGAACUGAAAAUGGCCUGAAAAUAAAUAACCUUGCCCAAAACAAAAUGAAAAGGAAUAUUUUACUUAUCAUCUGAUCAAAAUGCAGGUAAUAAAUUUGUACAAAAUUGAAAAACAUUUAAGCAAGACUUGCAAACUGGAUGAAUAUGCUGAAAUAGGUAAAGAUAUAUUAUUUUCUUUUAUUGGAGGUCUUGGCAUACAUGAAUAAUUUCAUUAAGUUAUCUCUCAAAACAGAUUCAUCUGCCUUUCCUGAUUGUAUAUAAUGUAAGUUAACUUCCUGGAGAACCUUCCAACAAUAUCCAUCUGAUUAAUCUUUUUUUCAUCCAGGUCAUAUUCAUCCAGGCUACCUACAUUUGAUUUUCUAUGUGCUUACAUGUUGCAUUUGAAAAAAUAAUAAAAUAAGGGAAAAUUUUAUGAAUACAUGUAUUAAACACAUUUACUAUUAAGUUAUAGAUUAUAUAACAUAAGCUCACAAGCCAGUUUUGUAUACUUUUGUAGAACAUUUAGAAAGGCAAUUCACUGUUUCAGAAUCUAAAGAAUUCUGGGUAAUCAUUUUUAGGUGUAGCCUAUAUAGUUUUUGGUAUGCUAGAUCCUCAAUAUUUACAAUUUGAUAAAAGGGAGUAGUAGUGUUAUUUUCAUAUUUGAUGUAAAACAUUAAAGUUACCCCUAAUCCUGUACAUUCUGAACAGGGACAGUCUAUACUAAUAUAGAAUAUAUAUAACUAGUAUAGAAAGUCCCUGUUCUGAAUCAUAGGUGAAUUGGAAUAGAGUUUGCAAUUUACUGAUUGUAUAAUGAUAUUUUUUGAUACAAUACAACAAUGUUUUUUUAUUUGUGCAUUUUACUAUGGUCUAGUCACACAGAUUACAGUGUUCAAUCAGUUUUUUUUUUAUAUUGUUUUAACAUAAGGCAAUUUGUUUCAGUUAUAUAGUGCUUACCAUGUAUUAGAAAUUUAGGAAUAUUGUUUUACAUGACAAUGUUUAAGUUGUGUAAUAAUAUGAUCAUUUUCAAUGAAAAUCUGACUUUUAUUAUUGAUUUUAUUGCCUUGUAUAUAAUUUAUUUAAUACGUUAUGUAAACCCAUUUUAAUAAACUACCACUGCAUCGAAUGUGAUACAAUAUUUCUCUUCUUGAGACAGAUAAACUUUCAAAAUAAAAAAUUCCAGGCUUGCAGAGCAUGUUAAAUAUUUAGAAUUUAUACGGUCAUCAGUGGAGAAAUGUCUUUUCACAUGAGAUACGGUUGUAGAAUUUGUUUCUCUAAUGAUUUUUAGACAAUGAGUAUACAAACUUUAUGUUUCUUUUAUAAUUCUCUCUUGUUAUAAAUCUCUUCUAGCUGCCGAUCCAUUUAUGUAAUAGUCACCAAUUUAUUGCCUAUUCUUUUGUACUAUAUUUAACAAUGUCUAGGGAGUUGCAGAUCAAGUUUUGAGUUUCUUUCGUCGACAGAUACUAACAAAAACAAAUUGUGUCAGUAGGUAUUUAACCAUAGACCCCUUUUUUGUAUGGUCACAUAUUGAAGUUUGAAUUUUAUUUCUGAGGGAAUGUUAAAUCAUUAUACCAAAUAAUUUUGGGCAAUUCUUGUGUGAUUAUACUAUUUUUAGUUUUUAGUUUGUUUAAAUUCAUUUUUUUUAUUUUAUUGUUUUUCUUGCAGCUUUUAAUUGGUUGUGUGUCCCUUUCUAUUGAUCAAAUUUUCUAGGUUGUGUCUUAUUAAAUUGUGAUUAAUUCUGGUUUUCAUAUUGUUUUUUAUUACAAUGUAAUUUCAAAUCAUUUGCAAUGUUUAAAUUGUAUGAGAUAACUUUUCCCAUUCAAAACUAUUAAAUGAUAUCACAUUUUGACAAUUCUCCAUUUCAAAAAUGAUUUUUGUUUUUAAUUGAAAUGAAAAAUUUAACACAUUGUAUAAUGAAAAUAAUUAAACAAGAUAUAAUAAAUCGAUAUGAAUACAUUAUAUAUCAGAAAGAAGUAAUUUGAGUUCGUAUGCCUUUUAAUUUUAGUUAUUAACAAUUGUAUCAAAAUUGAUUUCUUCUUCUUCGUGUAACAUAAAACAGUAUAUCUUUAUCAUAAUUAUAUUACUGAUGUCAUUAUUUGAAAAUGUAUUGUCACUAAGGAAGAAAUAUUUCAUCCUGUUUUACAAUAAUACUCAAAUUUUCUAGCUUUUUUAAGGUCUUAGAUUCUGUGAAUGAAAAGUGCAAUAUUUUUAGACAGUACAGUAAGGAUGAAUGGUGUGGUUAUUUUUAGCCUACUUUUAAUGUGUGUUCAAACUAACGUGCAAUAAAUGUGCAAACCAUCUACAUAUUAAGUUACUUCUACAUCAAUGUCAGUUUAUUGAUCACACUUCAGUAUCAUUUUCAGAAAGAGAUUUUUUUCCGAUUUCUAAACACAAAUAUUAGGUGUUUAUUUUAUGUACCAAUAUUAUUAUAAACUUUAUACUGUGCACACUAGGUGAUUCAGUUAAAAUCAACUCUGAGGGGGAUGAUUUGUGUUUGGGAUGUGGGAUAUAUGGGGUUAAAAAAGAGGGAUCUCCAAAAUAUAAGGAAAAAAGUGGGAAGUGGGAAAAAAUUACAAAAUUUACAGUUUUGUGAAAUGAGCACUGCUGUGUUACCCCCUCCACUCUAAUGUUUUUGCAAAGUGAUUGCUUGUGAUGUUGAUUCAUUCUGAAAUAUCUGUCUGAAUAUUCCAUAGUUUUAACAUGACAGGGUUGUAAAUCAGAGUUUAUCACCUAUAGUUACCAGCAAGCACCUUGUUUUCUGCUGAUUUAUAUAUAUUCAACAUCAGCUACAGUGAUUUUUAACUAAACUAUCUUGUGUGUACUGUGCCAAAUUUCAUCCUGUUUUUAAAAAAACACAAUUAUUUCAAGAUAAUUUGACCAAAAACCAUGUAAUCUUUUACCAUAUCUUGGCAUGUCUUUGUUUUAUUUGUUGAAAAUACUUGAAACUUCUUCUUAGCCACAAAACCAAAUGAGACCAAACUUAAAAGAAAUGAUGUGAUUGUUAAUAUGUUGGUCAGUGACUCGGUAUGUGUUCUAUCUUAAGAUUAAAGGCAUGACCAUUAUGGCAAAAACACGUUUUAGAUUGAUAGAGUGUAGUUUUUCAAAAUAUUCCAUGGACCGUAUGAAAGUCAGAUAUAUUGAUAUGUUGAUUACUGUAAAUUCAGAAAUUAUUGCGAGGUUUUUAUUAAUGCUUAAUGCGACUAAGUGAGCAACGCAAUAAUAAGAACUCGCGUUCUGAUAUCCGAUAUAUAUAUCUUAAUGCAGAUUUUCCUGAAAUCGCAUUAAUUAAUCUCGCAUUUUUGUCCAUUCUUCAAAAAUCGCAAUAAUAAAUGCAUGCAAUAAUUUCUGAAUUUACAGUAGAUUGUAACCUGCCUGCUAAGUGUUACCCAAAAAAAUGAGAGCUACCGUAGUCAGACAUUUUUUAUAUCCUGUUAAUCUCUUUUGCAUUGGUAAAUAAAAGGGCAUUUAAGCCGCUCAAGGUAACUACUGGGAAAUUAAGAGAAAGGAAUUUGGUCACAACACAUGAAAAUGAUUACCCUGGUUACUCAUACUUUGAUAUGGGUUCUGCCAAAGGCAGUGCAUCCUUUGAAAUUGGAAUGUGAGAUGACAUGUCAUAUUCUUCAUUAAUGUUAUAACCCACUGAUUGAAUAUUUACUUUUAUAAUAAAGAUCAUGCUUUGUUAUACAGGAUGUUAUCUUAAAUGUAAUAAAACUUAAGUUGAAUUAUCUCUAAGGGGUUAAAAUUAUCUCCAAAUGGUACCGGUAACUUAAUAUAAAAAAUAUGGAGACAUGGUAUGAUUAUCAAUCAGACAACUAUACAACUAAACCAAAGGAUGCUGUAAAACCUUGAGAAAAACCCAUACAAUAUAGUGAGUCAAGUUUGCAUUUGAAUAGGUCUUGUAACUGUCUACUAUGAAAUGCAGUUCUAGUUAGAAUUUCAAUAUUGUCACAUUUGUACCAUUCCAGAGUUGUGCUACUUCUAUUGUUGUCAAGUAGUAUAAUUGAGAUAGAAGAUGUUAAACUUCAAAAAGUUAAGAUCUUCUAGUUUUUAAUCUCGGUAAAUCCUUUGUUUUGUCUAAAGGUCAACUUUGAAAUUGUAUUGAUCACUUUGCGUUUUUUGGCCUGUGUCGCAUAAUUUCUUUGACGAAGGCACUUGGCAAAAAUUGCAAAAAUCAUCCUUAGGGAGUCGGGUUUUCAAAUUAUAUCUGAUGAUGUUGCAAAGCAUAUAAGCUUGCUGCUUUUUGUGUGCUAGUAAAUGUUAUACAAUGGAAAGAAGUAAAACAAGCAAAAAUGAUUCUACUAACUGUUUUCUGAAUUACAAAAAGUUUUUUUUCUUCAUUUUAAUGGCUAAUUUUUGUUGCAAAAUACAUAAAUUUCAUAGUGCAUGAUAAUUAUGAGCGGUAUUAUAGGGACAAUGCUGGAUUAUGAUGAGUACAUGGAAAUGCCUUAGAAGAAAUACUGGUCAAAUUUAGGCAUAAAUGCUGGUGAGCAAUACACGCUUUUGUCAGUCUCUAACUCUUUCAUUAUUAGUUAAUCAUUUGUAUGUUGUUUGAAAGUAUAAUUGGUAAUUUUAAAAAUUACUAAUGACUAGCCAUGUGUUAGUCUUAACUUAACAUUGGUACUGUAUAUUGGGCAACAUUGGGACAUUUUUUACUUUUUGUUUGAGAUGGAACUUUUUCAAUAAACAAAUCUGUUAUUUCUAUGUGGAAUAAAAUUAAGACAAAUAUCCUGUUUUCAUAUAUCAUUAUACAUUUAAAUAUCUCUUAAGGGGAAAACAUAAGAUUCUUUAAAAAAAAAUCUUGUCCUUAAAUAUUGAUUGUGCAAUAUGUAUAUGUACAAUAGAAGUCAUAAAUAUAUAUAUGUAUAAAAUAAUCCAUGACAUAUUAUUUCAUGAGAGUGUUCAAAGUCCACAAAAACUUUUGUUUGAAUAAAUUGUUUGAAGUGAUACAUAUUAGAGGCAUCAGGAGAAUGUAAGUAACAGAAUUAACACACCUACUUAUUAUUGAUUUGUAAUGUGCAAAUGGCAUCUUCAUCAUUUGAUCUUUGGUGGAUAGUUGUCUCAUUGGCAAUCAUCUUAUUUUUAUAAUGGAACAUAUUUCAGAUUGGGUAAUCUCCCCUUUACCAGAAAUAAUCCCAACAAGAAAUAACAUGUUUUAUUGUGAAUUACAAAUGCAUUAUAGGUAUGGCUGAUGAGUCUGAAACAUGAGUAAUUUAUAACUUCAAUUCUCAAGACGCCUCUAAUAUAACAAAAGGGCUAAUGAAAAAUUAUGUUGGACUGAUGCUUGUAUCAUAGCACUGUUAAAUUUAACAUGUGCCAGUCUACAGUUAUAUUGAUUAUGACUGCUUUAUUUACUGGUGCAACUCAAUGGAAGGAAAGAAGUGUUUUCCAACAUAGGGCUUUUUAUUUUAUGUUACUGCUGUUUUUUAAAAGACAUCUGUUAUGAAAUUAUAAUUAUAAUUUGUAGAUGUUUGGAGAACUUCAGGAUUUUAUCUAACAUUACAUAUUGAAUGAUUACAAUAUAAAUGUGAUAAUUGUGUGUAACAUUACAAUAUAAAUGUGAUAAUUGUGUGUUGUAAACCAUACUGAUAUUAGUAUGAUUGUUCUUCAUUGUCUAAUCAAGCAAUAAAAUCAUCAAGUGGAAAA